CUCUCAAACAGAAUGCUUUUACUCCUACUCCAAACUGCACCAAGCACAACACUAACACUCUUGUGAAUGAGUCCAAUACUUUCUAUAUUUUGCCUGUUGUUGGGAGUCAGAGCUACAUGUAAAGAGAUCAUCUAUCAGGAUAUACCAAAGGUUCAUCACUAGAGAAAUGUCUGCUAAGUCUGCUUAUCAACGGUGGCAUGAAUGGAAAUUGCGUGUGGUGUCAGACUCAAACCAACAUGAGAACAUCAAGCAAAGACAGCGGGAACAAAAGAGAAAAGAAAGGGCAAAAUUCAAGGAAGAGGCAUCCAACACCCAACUGGAAGCAAAGAGGGCAGCAGAUAGACAGAGACAGCGUAGACGAAGGGCUAGGCUCAGGGCUGCCAAAGAAAUGGAAGCUGCCUCGGGAACUGGUCCUGUAGUUGAUGCAGGCAGUAUAAACCCAAGGGUUGUUCAACAGAUGACCAACAAAGGCAGAGAACAUUCCCACUCUAAGUCCAGCCGGCCUCAGAUGAAAAUAAGCGUCACAGGACUCAUUUCUGCCAAGAAAGGUAAUCGCAUUCCAGACAAAAACAUAGCAGCACCCACAAAAGGCCUGCACAGUUGGGACAAUCUGAAUGGACAUGGUAAUCAACAAUUUCAUGGCAGAAUGGAAGCCAAAGUGAAAGAUGUCAAACAGAAGAGACCUGUUGCACGGAACACUAGGUUCCUAGGUGAUCUGCUUGUGCCAAAGAAUAACAACCUUCUGUCAUUCUCAUCACCCCUUGGUCCAAACACUCAACAGAUCCCAGAACAAGAUCAACCUCUAUGUCUGAAGACAGUACCAAGGCUGGCAAAGACUAUUGAUAGAGAUUACAAGAGAACUCUCAUAAGUCCUUCAGAGCAUCUAAAGAAGGUAAAUUCUUCUUCUCCAGACUCUUGGAAUACUGACUUAAGUGGCAGGAAGAGGUCAAGGAAGCAAUCAGUACCACUAAAAUAUGUUGCCUUGCAUUGAUGCAACAAACAGCAAAGAGAGCCCUUGACUUGUAACAAGAUCAAGGGCACUUCAAUACAAAUAAACAUUACCAUUCGGGAAAUUCUUUGACAGGAAUCCUAAUUAUAACUCAACUAAGCAAUUGAGUGAGGUACAUCAUUAAAAUGUAGCAGAUAAAUAGAGAAGGGUUUUAAAGGGGAAAUCUAGGCUGAAAUGAAUGUGUUUUUAUUAAAUCUAUAGAGUAAAGUUAAACAACCAAAACAGUAGAAAACACUGAUGAAUGACAUGUACAGUAGUAAAAAAAAAAGUGAGCUGAUGAUGCCAUGCCCUUGUAACAAAUUGAUCAAUACGAGUCAGAAUAAAAUCCUAUUUUUCACAAUCUUUUAACUA